ACAGUAGAACUUUAUUAUAUACAUGUACAGUAUUCUUUGAUCAAAGCAAUAGACUACUGAUGGUUUGAAUGAUAGCUUACACAAUCACUUAUUGUCUAGAGCUAAAGUGUGACUCCAGGUGAUGUGCACAAUUUGACAGUGCUUUUUCCCCUGAAUAAUUUUCACCUUCCUAGUCUAGUCAAUAAUUCCUGAUAGAGAAACUUGUCUGGGUUUGGAAGCUAAGUGGUGCUGAAUUUUGCUAGUACUUUGAGGGGCAAAUGCUGGAGCUGGAUUGUUAAGUCAAAUGAGCCUCUCAGAAGAAAGCCAUGGCAAAUGACAUCUGUUUCCUGUCAAGAAAACUCCAUGAAUGGAGUCAGCACCAGGAAAUAAGCUAGGCCUUAAUUUUUCCCAUUCAACUGCUACCCAAGGGAAACUUGACUUGGCUUCAGAAACCAGCCAAAGUUUUGCUGUCAGAAUAAUGUAAAAAUACAGGUGCUCUUGAUUUACAACAGUUCAUAUAGCGACCGCUCAAAGUUAUGACACGGAAAAAGUGACUUAUGACAUUUUUCACACUUAUGACCAUUGUAGCAUCCCCAUGGUCACGUGAUUUAUAUUUGGAUUCUGACUCACAUUUAUGACUGCCGCAGUGUCCCAGGAUCACGUGAUCACCUUUUGCAACAUACUGAUGAGCAAAGUCAAUGGAGAAACUCCAUUCACUUAACAAUCAUGUUACUAAUUUAACAACUGCAGGGAUUCAGUUAAACAAACGUGGCAAGAAAAGCCGUCACAUGGGGCGUUUGCCUAAGCCAGAUUUGACAAAUUUCUCACUUAUCAGCAUAAAUAAAUUUUGGCCUCAACAGCCAUCCCUUGACUCCCUGUAUUAAUUCUCUCUCAUUUUCUCUUUCACAUCCCUUUCAUUUUCUCUUUCACAUUCUCUUCCUUCAUAUGGAAGCAUUUUUAGAUGAAUAUCAACAUCCUCUAGUUAUAAGAGAGGAACCUGUCCCUUUCAAGUGAGCCUUUGAAAUAGAGUCUGCCUCCGCCUGUCUGUGCAGUCCCUUCCUGGCUGUCCUGACACAGGUGCAAAAAGGCUGCUGCUGUUCUCCAGGUGUCUUCUUCUCAGGCAGAGCAGGUAAGGUAUCAGCAGCUGCUGCUGCAACGGCGCCUCUCAGACAGCAGGCGGCUCCUCUGCUCCGCUGGCACCGCCUCUGAAUUUCGGCUGCACACAGAGGGAGGCAGGCAGGCAGGCGAGGGAGAACGGAGGAAAUUUCCUGCUUGGUUGCGAACGGGGUUCCUGCAGCCGCGUCGGGUAGGGUGAAUGCCAGGGCGUCCCCUACUUGCUGCCUCGGUUCGCAACCGGCGGGGUGAGGAGGGUAUGAGGAGCCAGCGUGCCUCGAGGAGCCGAGCUGGGCGAGUCCCUGGAAGGUAAGCGAAGCGAGCAGGCGGCGGGACACGAGGCCGGGUGGCCAAGCGGGGCAACGGGAUCUGGCUGGCCGCCGCCUAAGCUCUCCCCACCGCCGGGAGUAAGGCCAGCUCCGGCUGUUUUUUUGUUUUCCUCCAGCGCAGCCAGAGGUCGGGACGCGGAGCUGGUUUCUCCCACUCAGCCCGGUGGCGCGCCAAGGCAUGGACCGACUCGAGCCUUCCUCCCCUUCGCCGCAAAGAGGCUCCGGCUGCCCCGGGGCAAAGCGUGCCCUGGCAGGGAGGCUGCUGAGAAGGCGAGAGAGAAGGGGAGAGGCUGGGGCGCCGUGCCCCGCGUUGCCUUUGCUUGCUUCCUUGCUUGCUUGGCUGGCUGCCCGCCCGAGGUGGGAGUGUGAGGAACGGAAAUGGCAUUUCCCUUGGCAAAGAAAGCGCCAUGAAGGAGGGAAGCCAAGCAGUUCCCAGCCUAUAGCAUUGUCUUCCAUUAGAUCCAAGAUGGAAUAUUUUUGUUCAAUAUUACUAAUUUCCAUUAGUUUUCUACAUUCUGAAGCAUUACAUGACAAUGGAACUGCAUCACAUAAUGAAACAACAACAGAUCCUCCAAGAGAAAAUGGUCAGCCAUCGCAUUUACUGACUUCACUGCUGAUUCUGAUUUUAGUGUUCAUAAUUUUAAUUAUUUUAGCUGGCUAUUUCUUUAGGUUUCGAAGACACAGAAAAGCGGUUGUAAAUUCCACUGAUAAAAAAAUGCCAAAUGGAAUCUUAGAAGAGCAAGAACAACAGAGGGUGAUGCUUCUCAGACAGUCUCCUUCUGGCCCAAAGAAGUAUUUUCCUAUUCCAGUAGAGCUCUUGGAAGAAGAAAUCCGGAUAAGAGCUGCUGAUGAUGGGAAGUUGUUUCGGGAAGAGUUUAAUUCAUUGCCACCUGGAUAUUUGCAAGGAACACUUGAGAUGGCAAACAAAGAGGAAAAUAGAGAAAAAAACAGAUACCCCAACAUAUUACCUUAUGAUCAUUCCAGAGUAACUUUAAUGCAAAUAGAUGGAUUUCAGUGUUCAGACUAUAUUAAUGCUUCAUAUAUAGAUGGCUUCAAGGAAAAGAAUAAAUUUAUAGCUGCUCAAGGUCCUAAACAGGACACAGUAAAUGAUUUCUGGAGGAUGAUAUGGGAACAGAAGUCUGCAACCAUUGUCAUGUUAACAAAUGUGAAAGAGAGAAAAGAGGACAAAUGUUUCCAGUAUUGGCCUGAUCAAGGAUGCUGGACCUAUGGAAACAUCCGAGUUUGUGUGGAGGACUGUAUAGUUCUUGUAGAUUACACCGUUCGAAAGUUUUGUAUUCAUCCGCAGGUUUCUGAUGGCUGUAAAGCUCCGAGACUUGUCACUCAGCUUCAUUUCACCAGCUGGCCUGAUUUUGGAGUGCCUUUUACCCCUAUUGGAAUGCUUAAAUUCCUAAAGAAAGUCAAAUCAUUGAAUCCUGCACAUGCUGGACCAAUUGUGGUUCACUGUAGUGCUGGUGUGGGUCGUACAGGCACAUUCAUAGUAAUAGAUGCCAUGAUUGACAUGAUGCAUGCUGAACAAAAAGUUGAUGUUUUCGAGUUUGUGGCAAGAAUUCGUAGCCAGCGUCCACAGAUGGUUCAGACAGAUAUGCAGUAUUCCUUCAUAUAUCAAGCCUUACUUGAAUACUACCUCUAUGGUGACACAGAACUGGAUGUAUCCUCCUUAGAAAAACACCUGCAGCCAUCAAAUAGCAGCACACCAAAUCUUGUUAAGAUAGGAUUGGAAGAAGAGUUUAAAAAAUUAACAAAUGUUCGAAUAAUGAAAGAAAACAUGAGAACUGGUAAUCUGCCAGCAAAUAUGAAGAAAGCCAGAGUUAUCCAAAUAAUCCCUUAUGACUUUAACAGAGUGAUUCUUUCAAUGAAACGAGGUCAGGAGUACACAGAUUAUAUCAAUGCUUCCUUUAUAGAUGGCUAUCGCCAAAAGGAUUACUUCAUUGCAACUCAAGGACCUCUUCCUCAUACUGUGGAAGACUUCUGGCGAAUGGUGUGGGAAUGGAAAUGCCACACCAUUGUUAUGCUUACAGAAGUUCUGGAAAGGGAGCAAGAAAAAUGUUUUCAGUAUUGGCCAUCAGAAGGUUCUGUUUCUUAUGGCGAGAUUACUAUUGAUAUUAAGAAUGACUUGCUUGUUGAUACUAUAAGCAUAAGGGACUUUUUGAUUACACACAACCAGGAGAAGCAUGGCAGAGUAAUUCGACAGUUUCAUUUUCAUGGAUGGCCUGAGAUAGGCAUUCCGACUGAAGGGAAAGGUAUGAUUGACCUCAUCGCAGCUGUUCAGAAACAGCAACAGCAGACAGGAAACCAUCCCAUUACAGUACACUGCAGUGCUGGAGCUGGAAGAACAGGUACAUUCAUAGCACUCAGCAAUAUUUUGGAGCGAGUCAAAGCUGAGGGGCUCUUAGAUGUAUUUCAAGCUGUGAAGAGUUUACGGCUGCAAAGACCUCAUAUGGUGCAAACACUGGAACAGUAUGAAUUCUGCUACAAAGUGGUACAAGAUUUCAUUGAUAUAUUUUCUGAUUAUGCCAAUUUCAAGUGAAAAUGCCUGCCAUUUUUUUUAAAUUUAAUCAUCUGUACAAAGAUUUGUAAAUCAUGUUAAUUUAUUUCCAUUUUUUUAAAAAAAAAUCUAAAUGUAUAUAAGAUUAUGUAUGUUUUGCUUUGAAUGUCUCUUCAGGUGUAUGUAUGACUCAAAUAAGCUUCAACCCUGAUCUAAAGGAGUAUGCACAGACUCUUUUCAUACAAUAAAAUAAACUUCUAGUCAGCUGUUUGGUGGCAGAAGGAAAAAGCUGAUUUAUGGGAUUUGUAUAGUUUUGAAAGGACUUAAUAUAUCAACCCCAGCUGGUUGAUAAAGAGGAAAGUUGUAUACACAGAAUAUAGUUGCAUGUUGGACUACUCAUUCAGCUGAAGAAAUAUGUGCAAAAACUGUGUCUGCAUGUGUAACAACCCUAUCUAGGUCAUUGCUUUGUGUUUUUGUUGGUUUUCAUUUUAAAUAACUGAGGCCCAUGUACAAUAUAGUGCAGUAUAUACUGUUAUGAAUACAGGCACAAUUCAGCCUAUGUUAGGCAUAUUUAAGACUCACUGAUUUCAGUGGGUUUAAUAAGCAUAUGCUUAAAUAUUUCCCAUUGAAAUUAAUGGGAUUUUGAGCCCAGCUAAAUGUUUGAAAGCACUGAUUCUGAAAUUAAACUGAUCAGUGGCUUGGAUGACAGCCCGCUGAUCACUCUGAGCCCAUGUAAGAGCAAAAUAUAUUAAUAGAACUCCAGAACUCCUUAAUUUUGGCUGAAUCUUUCCCAUAUUUUGCCUAAAUGCAUGAAAAAUUGUGAUUCAUUAUUGCUAAUCUUGUUUGAAAUUAUAUAUUUUUAAUUUAUUGUAUAUGGUCCCUAUUUAUAUAAAAAAGGAAAAAGAGUACAUUUUUAGAGUUUAAAAAAUCAUCUUGCUAUUAUUGAGCAAUAUUUUAUUUAAAGCAAGCAUCAUUUAAUGACUACACCACAAAGAUAUUAUACCAUCCAGAUUGAAAAGAAUAUAGGCUUUCUAUGAUAGACAGAAAAAAUUAUUGAGUCUUCAUUUCAAUAAGAUUUACAUCUGUUUCUUAUUUUCUUAUGUUGAUGCUAUUUUGAUCAUUAACAUAUUUGAUCCUGAUACAACAUCACUAAUAUUAAUGUGGAAAAUUCACUGAAGUAGAUAAUAUACAAAAUGUGCUAGAAUAUGAGAAUAUUCUAAAUAUUUAUUUUUAUUUUAUCAAUACCAAUUAGAAUCAUUUGUCUUUUUGGUACUGUUUUGAUCUUCAUAGUUAAGCACAACUAGAAUAGAGAGGAACACAAAUCUUCCAUAAGCAACAAGAUAAGAUAUCAUUUUAACUUCUUAAAAAAUGUAUAUUUUUAAAAAUAGGAUUCUAGGAAAUUCUGUUUUAAUGCAAGUUCUCAAUUAAUACCAUAGUGUAAAUAUGGAGUUUCUUAAAUUUAAUUAAGUAGUAUUAAAAUAUAAUUUUAAGUUAUCAUUUUAUUGCAUUAAGAGAAAGUAUAUUUAACUUAUAAACCAGCUGAUCAAUAUUUGAUACUAUUUUGUAUCAAGACAUUUUGAUUUGUUGUCAUAAAUAGCUAUAAAGCCAGAUAUUACAUUUAUAUAAAGAAAAAUGUAUCUCUUUAGUAAGCAAUCUAAAUUCAUCACUUGCUAAAUUUUACUGAAGGUAAUAAAACUUAAUAAAUAGCUAUCAUUUUUAAGCCUAGUUCAAUAUCAAAUAUUCAAUAUUCAGUUCACAGUAAAGCCCUUAAUUAUUUGAGUUCUUUUGAUACCCAAGGCACAUGAAAAAUAAUGAUUCCCUGCACUGUAUUCCCAAAUAUCCAGUUGCUCCUUCUCUCCAGAGUGCACAUAUAGUUCCAAAAUGAGCAAAGGUCUUUUUUCUAUUAUAAUGUGGCCUACAUGAAUUUAGAACUUAGAAGCACCAUGUAGAUACCAGAAUACCUACAGAUGUUCUGGUUGGGCUAUUCAUGUGCAAGCACUCAUGUACUAAAAAGCACAAAACCCAAUCAUCUUGAUAAUACUUAUAUAGAAGUUGCACCAUAUAGUUCCAUCUUACUGGCUGCUGCAAGAUUUCAAAGUUUUUACAACAGAAGAAACAUUUUCUUGAUACCAGUACAAACAAUAAAAACAAAAUAGCAUAAACCUGGAUUCAAUUAUGAUUAACUCCACUGUUUUCAGGAAGCUGCUACAAGAAGGAAGAAGAUAAGUUAUUUUUAUACUCUUUAUCUUAUAGUUUUUCAGCCCCUCCAUCUCCUGUACAUUUUUAAAAUUAUUGUGGAAGAAUGUAGGGAAUAGUAUAAGAAUAAAUAUGGAGAUAUUCUUAGAAAUGUCCACCUAUUCCUUCCUCUGUGGAGCAAUUCAUAAAAAACUUUGCUUUGUAGAAAUAUGGAUCAUACCUAAAGUCUGAACAAAACUAGGAUGACAGUGAAGUAACAAAAUAGACAGAACAUUUUAUUUCCCCAUAUUUUAAAAGGUAUAUAUCUAAAAGCACAAACAUAAUUUAUAUAAAUUUAUAUACAAAUGUCUAUAGAAUAUGCAAUACAUCUGGCUUGCCUGGUUGUUUUAUGAAUUAUAAAUGCCUUAUUAAAAUUAUGUAGACUGCAAAAUGGUCUUUCUACUUUAGCUCUUAUUCUUUUUAAUUCUACAUACAUUUAAAUUGUUUCUGAAAGGAAAAGAAAAGUGAAUACUUAUUAACCCAGAAGAUAACACAAUUUCCAUAUCAGGACAAUUACUUUUAAUUGCUAAACUGUUUAUGUUAGCAGCUUAAAUACUCUUUUUACGGACAACUGCUUACAUCUUCUAGGGAAAAAAUUCUAUGUACAUACAGUUGUAUGCACAUAAGGAAUCAUUUUACGAAGUGACUGAUAUUAGCAAUUCUAACCUCAAAAAAUGUUAUGUUAAGAAAUAUUGAGUAAACUUUCUAUAUUAGUAUCUGAUAGAAUUUUUUAAAACUUUAGAAAAAUAAAUUUUCCCAUUUGAUAUAGACAAAAAUCCAUUGAGUCCAAAAGAUGAACAAUUUCCAUAAGCUGCUUUGGAAAAUGCUGCUAGCAACCUUGGAAAUAUCAAACAUUUUCUAUAUGAGUUAAGUAGAAAUUAACCCUGGCAAUUUUUUGUCCCAACUGUUCUUCUGUAAAAUCUUAUAUAGAUUGUGGAUGGGAUGCGGACCUGCGAUUAACAUCAGAAAUUAUUUUAAGCACCUUGAAAUGUUGAACAAAAUACAUGUCUUUCAUCCAUCUUGAUUCCUCAGUUCCUUCCUAUAGAUCUAUCCAAAUACAGUAGCAACUUUGCACUUUAUAUAAAACAGUUACUAGAUUAAUCCAUAUCCCUAGAUAGAUAAAUCCAGGGUACUACAACUGGUUGGUGUUUAUUCAUCCAUGCCAGAACAGUGAUGGGUGUCUGGUUCUCUCUGAGCUUGGUUGUUUUCUUGCAGAUAUUUCAUUAUCCAAACUAGGUAACAACAUCAGUGCUAGUAAGGGAGCCUUACUAGCACAGAUGAUACCUAAUUUAAGUAAUGAAACAUCUGCAACAAAACAACCAUGCUCAGAGAGCACCAAAGACCCCUCAUUCAAAUCUGACCUACAGAUAUUCUUCUUUAUUGGUACCAUACCAGUGAGUUCUUGCUGCUUCCUAUAUAAACUGGCACGACCCAGAUAUAUAGUACUUUAUCUCUUAUUCAAAGAUUAAUGAUUGUAUCAUUGUUGGAAAAAUUAUGGGACUUUAACACAUUUGGAGGAAACCACAUUUGGAAAGUUCUUUAACGUAAACUGCACCUAUGUGAAUCACUUAAGGAUAGCAUUACACACUCAAAAACCAAGAAAAAUCCUGCUUGUUGUAGACAUAUGCCUCAAUGUUGAAAAAAACAGAACUGUUAUUCUAUAAAAUAAUGUAGAAACAAAAUCUGUCAAAAAUGCACAUAAGGUCCAUGAAUGAAAAGGACUGAUUUCAACUGUAGCUCAGGGUUGAACUGUGGAGUCCUUGAUGCUGUCUGAACUUAGUUGUGCGCUUGAUGAUGUUUCAUUCUCUGACCAGGUAAGUAACAUCUUCAGUGCUAGAAGAGAGUGGAGUUUCUCUGUUAUACUGUAUACAGUAGCUUACCCAAUCAGUGUUGGUAGGGUUUUUUUUCUUGUAGUUCUUUGAUUAGGCUGUUUGCUGACUGAAUUGGUAGUUCCUUGAUUAGGGUAUUUUUUUAUUGCUUGAUUGUUUCUUUGUUUUUAUCCUGGUGUUUUCCUUGCUGAUAGCUACUGAAGAGGUGUUCUAUGUGGGUUUUUUUUUGUUUCUUUUUAAUAUAUCUUUUGAAUGGUAGGUAUAUAAGCAGAGAUCAAACCUCACUUAUUCUAGAACUGAAGAUGUUAUCUAAUCGGGUAACAAAAUGUCUGCAAGCAAACAACCAAACUACAAGAAAUUUAGAAAACUGAAUACUUGGAAUUGGUGCAAUAUAACUAGUAAUUCAAAAUAUAAAUCCAAAUAGUCUCCUCCUAACAUAACAUUUCUUCUGCAAUAGCUGAUUUUAAAUAAUUAUGUUAGAUUCUAGGAGAAAAAAACCAGAAUACUCAGCAUAAUCUCUUUCUUGGAUAUUGUGCAGUAUAUUUGGUUCUGUGUAAUUCCAUUUGAUGCCAAUAUUUGUUCUGUGUAUAAAAAAAUUAAUUCUGAAUCUAACAAUACAGGUAGUCCUAGACUUCAACCACAAUUGAGCCCAAAAUUUAUGUUGUUAAGUGAGACAUUUGUUAAGUGAGUUUUGUCUCAUUUACGACCAUUCUUGCCAGAGUUGUUAAGUGAAUCACAGCAUUAGUAGUAAGGUUGUUAAAUGAAUCUGACUUCCCCAUUGACUGUGCUUGUCAGAAAGUUGCAAAAGAUGAUCACAUGACCGCAGGACACUGCAAAUAUGAACCAGUUGCCAAGUGUCUAAAUUUUGUUCACAUGACCACGGGGAUGCUGCAACAGUUAUAAAUAUGAAAAAUGGUCAUAAGUCACUUUUUUCAGUGCCAUUGUAACUUUGAACUGUGGCUAAACAAAUUGUUGCAAGUCCAGGACUACCAGUAAUAGAAAGGUUACAGGGUUGAAGGAUUGAAGCAUUAGAGAAUUUAAUUUGGAGUUCAGAAAUUUUUAAUCAGAUCAGGGUACUAUACUUUAUAUAGCAUACAAUAUUUUUCAUGCUUUGUUUUACACUGAAUGAAACAUCAUUAAUAAAUGCCAAAUAAAGAUUAGAAAUUAUAUAUUCUGAUCUGCAUAACAGUCACUAUGUGAUUGACUUUUUCUUAUGCAGUAAUAGACACUGAUUACCAAAGUUUUAAGUUCCGGUUUAACUUGGAACAUGUAAACAAUUAGAAACAUUAAAGCCAUUUAUUUCAAACUGUGUUUCUAGAAAAAUCCUACAUUCAUCAACAAUAUAUCAGAAGUUCAUUAAAGAGAAAAUUAUUAACUAACCAAUUAGCUAAUCAAAAGGAAAGGUUAUAAAUUGCUUUUUAUUUUCUCUUUCAAUGCAAAACACAGAAGUUAGACAUAUUCUAUAUAUGCCUGGAAUGAGGGAUGGGCAGUCUUGACUAACAGCUGCUAUUUAGAAAACUGCUGAAUAGCUCUCAUAACACACAUCUGUAUGUAAACAUGUUGGUAUCAUGCCAAAGGGACCCAGUUUUGAGCUACUACUUGGUUGCUUACAUAUGUGCUUCAGAUAAAUAUUGCCAUGGGAUUUGUACCAGUCAGCUACUGUUGUGAGACUUGGGUAGCCUAAAUCUGUAUUUGCCCUGCCUGUCCUCUUCCAUUUUCCUAUAUAAAGGUGACUGUGCCUGGUAAGAGGUAGUUAUGAGCUAACUACCUAAAGAGCUGCAGUGGUGCAGUAGUUAGAAUGCAGUAUUGAAGGCUAUUUCUGCUGACUGCUGGUUGCCUGCAGUUUAGCAGUUCAAAUCUCACCAGACUCAAGGUUGACUCAGCCUUCCAGCCUUCUGAGGUCAGUAAAAUGAGGACCCAGAUUGUUGGGGGCAAUAUGCUGACUCUGAAAACCGCUUAGAGAGGGCUGUAAAGCACUGUGAAGCAGUAUAUGUCUAAAUAACUAGUCUAAGAGACUAGAGACUAGACAGCCCAGCUCAGAGUCCACUUUAGCCAGUCAAUUAAUCUUUGAUGCAGAAAAGCACAUGUUUUCUCUUUAAGAGAGAAACUCUAUUCGGGUAUUAUUCCAAGUCACUAGAAAUGGUUUGUGAAGAAGAAAGAGGAUCAGUCUGGUGCAUUGGCUAAGGCACCUAGCUAGAGACUGAAUUCUAGGCCCAUUUUAGGCAAAAAGCCAGCUGCAUGACUUUGGGCCAGUCACUUUUAGAUCUAGGAAGAACACAGUAGCAAACCACUUCCAAAAGAUUGCAGAUUAAUUUUUGAAUAUCAUCUCCAUUAUGCACUAGGUCUUAUUUGGAGUAAUGCCGGGAAAGGAUUGGUAUAGCUAUAUGCAAGUAUUUUUCUAAGUAUAGGUAAAGAAAAAAAUUUGGUAAGGACCAUGGAAGUGUAAGCAAGUGCUGUGGUAUGCCUGCUUACCGUAUUGUAAGUGUAUUUAUCAUCCUAUCCAAAACUACAUUUACAGCUUGUGAGUUGGGUUAUGACCAACAUUGCAGAAAGUACUAAAAGCACAUAAAAUAGGCUUGCUUAUUGCAGCAUUUCAAAUCACUGCAUAAUGCAAAUGCAUUUGGAAGCAGACAAGUGCUUGAGGAAGUUGAGAAUCAUACAUGCACAUCAGUUAUAUCAUCAUAGCUCUUCCGAACUGCAGUGAAAUACCUGGAUGGGGCUUUUCUAUUUUUUGUGUUUGAUGAGAAUGUUUCACAAUAAUUACAUGUAUCUGUGGUUCUUUUAUAUUUAUGUACAAGCCUACUGCCAUCUGUAACACACAGCCCAGAAAAUUCAGAGGACAGCCUUGGUUCAGUGGUAUAUAUGCAUUAUAUAGGCUCAUAUCUACAGUAACCAUUAGAAACUAACGUGAAAAAAAUUCUUGUUAAUGGUUUCAAAUAUAUUUAAUACUUGAAUUAUAAAGGCUCUAAAGAAGAAUGCCUAUCAUAUUGAUCAUUUUGAAAAGGAUGUUUAUGAAUCUGUUUUAAAAAGAGUUUGAACCUUUUUGUUCCAGUAGUUUAAAAUGUUUAUUUUAGGCAUUGUAAUUUGUAAUGUAUUGCUACUGAACCUUUUUAUGUACAUGCUAAACUCUAUUUAAUUUAUGUCAAGGGCGUUGUAUGUAUGUAAUAUAGUGAUAUUUUCUUUUAUUACGUUUAUAAUUUGAUCUCGCUGUACAGUAUUUAUAAUUCCAGUGAAUGUUGCUGAAUUAUUUGUAUAUGCAGACUGCAAAUCUAAUAAUUCCAAUGCAAGAACAAAGGCUUCAUUUUAUUUUCAGGCUGUAUUUCUUUCUUUAAAUCUCUUAAUUUAAUUCCUCUCCUGUUUGCUCAUUUAAACUAAAUAUUGCAAUUUUAUAAAGAAUGUAAAACCCCUUUUUUAAAUUACUUUGCCAAGCUG